CUCAAGCCAGUUGAAGUCCUCCAUUGACACGGUGAGGACGAGGUUAAGCGCAUUAUGGUCGUUUGAGUAGGAGAAGCAGCGGGCGGCGGGGCUGAGGAUGGUGCCGGCGAGCGGGAAGAAGCAGGUGAGCAUGUACGGCAGGAAGGCAGCGGGAACACCGCGGCCCGGUCGACGUGGGGGUAGAAGAAAAGGCGCUUGACGGAGUCCAUGAAGAGCCAGGCGAGGUCAUCGAAGAAGUGAUGGGGAGCUCCAAAGACGGGCGUCCUCGCCGCCGGCACCACGUGGAUCUGCUCCAGCAAGUGCACCUCCGCUUCCGCCAUGGGUUCGCUGGCUUUGCUUGCUUGGAUUUGUUUCAUGAAGAUUCUAUGUCAGAUUUGAAGGUGUUGGCAAGUAAGCGGCUCUACAUCUUGCCAAUUCAAUUUCUAAUUGGCAUGAGCUCCCUGUGUUCUGGACAACUAAGGUUACAUGCAAAAUUACCUGAUCAUGUAGCAAUUAUGAUUGAGACGCAUGCAUUUAGAUCGGGUGCUGAAGCGAGCCCGCCAUUUUAUUACUCUGAAAGAACUAUACAGUGGUAUUUGGCUAUUGCUUUCAGUAUUAGAGAAUCAUAGAAACUGAUUUGCAGGGCUUAUUAUAGAUUUAUGUGACAUUCCCCUAUGCCAUCAUGCCAUACUAUUUAUUUUGAGCAACCUUUCUAUGGUAUUUUGUUGGACAGUUUUUAGUGGAAUGUCCAGCACCUCGAUAUACGUUAAAUAGUGCAAGCAUGGGUAUAUAUUUUCUCUCUCUCAUGUUGUAUUCAUUUUAUUUGCUCUGCUACUUUGGGUAAAUAGAAUCACGCACAAGCUCCAGUUAUUCCUGUGCAAAACUGAUGUAGACGUGUGGACUAU